UAAGUAAAAGAGGCGGAAUGACCAGUUUCUAUACUUUAGUAUUGGACGUUUGUAAAUUUGUUGCUUUUCUGUCACUACAGAUAUUUUAGUUGCUUAUUCUUCAGCGCUUGAACCUGCAGGCAGAUCUCUGGCGCAGACUCAGAAUGAGGAUUAAUCCGAUCAGCUCAGCGCCCUGACGUCACCCUGUCACAGUUUCAGUCUGAACUGAACAUUUCUGAACUCGACUUGUUUAAAAGCAGAAAUGUCCAAGGAGCCCACGCCACGAGGAUUACUGCGCAGGUUUAAGCUGCGAACGAAAAUGGUCUCGAAUAAAUCCACUGCAAACGGGAAGUACUAUGAUCCCGAGGAUCCCUCCCUGAAAUUUGUCGACCGAGAGGACGAUUUGGACUUUUUGUGUGAAGACUUCGUGUCUCGAAGAGCUGAGAUGUCCUGUGGUCAUGCUGUGACCCCAAUGUCUCUCACUAAAUGGUGUCUUCAGCUGCUGGAAGAUGGACAUAGCACCUUUGUGUGUGGCGUGUAUGGCUGUGAUGAUGUGUGGCCUUUUAAAGAGGUCUGCAAGAUGGCUCUACUGACCACUGAGGAAAUUAUUCACUUUAAGAAAAUCAUGGACAUCAAUGCUUCUAAUACAAGAAAAUGUCCUGGAUGCAAGUCCUCCGUUGCGAGACGCAAUGAAUUUGAUCUUUCCGUCAGCUGCGAAGCGUGUACAGCCAAGAAAGGACAGCUCUAUGAGUUCUGCUGGCAGUGUUUGAGGGAAUGGAAAGGCCCAAAGCCACGGUUGGACCGCUGUGAGAAUGAUGGCUGCUCCAACACGGUGCUCCAAACUCUGAAAACCUGCCCAGAAAUCGUCUUUGACACGGUGAAAGGAAUCACUGGAUGUCCCUCCAUCCGGGCCUGUCCCACCUGCGGGUCACUGCUGGAGCAUAAACGAAAUCACUGCAAACACCUGGACUGUCCUCAGUGUAAGGUCAAGUUCUGUUUCGUGUGUCUCAAGACUUUUGCUCAAUGUUCAAAAACAAGUUCAAUAUCAGCAGCGUGCUCCAGUGGUGUUGCUCCCAGACAGACUGUUAUCCCUGUGUGGAAAAAGAAUUAAUGCUUUGUCUACAAAUUAUAGCAUUUAUGUUUCUUUGAAUUUUAAUGUUCUUCUUCAUACUUUACCAAAGUGCCAAAUUAUAAUUUUUUUAUCUCAGACAAGAGAAUAUCUAAUUGUUAUAAAUUUUCAGCAGGAAGAAAAGCUCAGAAAUCUAUAGCGGUUUACUGGUUCAGAACCAUUGACAGCUUGCAGAAUUUAUUUCCAGGAUUUGGGCUAAAGCUCCAAGUAGUCUGGUCUAGUUUUAAAAGUAAAAAUCUUCGGUAUUAACAUAUUUGAUCCACCUACUAAAGGAAUCAGACAUGACUGUUGAUUGGAAAUCUUUAAUUUUCUUUCCGAGAUGCAACUAAAGAUUGCUUCCAUUCAUAUUGUCUCUAUUUCUACUUAGUUUAUUUUCUUUAAUUUGUUCUGCUUUUGACAUGGUUAUAACAUAACAUAAUUAAACGAGUCAUACAAAUAAAUCUCUGCAACUGCACUAAUGGGCACUGAUGUUCUUUUCUUGUUUGCUUUUAUUACUGACAUUUUCGGUGCUCAUUUGUGUACACUGUUUCACAUUAACUGCAAGUUGUCUUCAUCUCCUAUGACCCUGCUAAGGAUAUACUGUAAAUCAUUUAUUUGAACAUUUAAAAAAGUGGACAUGUGAGACAAAAUGUUCUAAACGCAUUAUAUUAAGCUGUUAGAAACAUAAAAGUUGUUGGGUAAAAAACAACACAAUGUGGGUCAGCUUGAUGACACAGUCCUGCACCAAAUCUGGGCCAUUCCAGCCCUGGGUUGACUUAAUAAAACAUGGUUGGGUUGUGGGUUUGAUUCAGCAUAUUGAGUUGGGCUUCUAACCCCAACAUAUGGGUUAUUAUAGAGUGACUAUAAUGUAAGUUGACCAAGGAGUAGGUUGAAAAAGAAUACCUGAUCAAGUAAUAUUUGGGUUACAAUGCAUUAUUUAUGGUGCAGUUUAUUUCUGUAUUAAAAUGAUCAGAUAAAAACCUCAAUAUUUACAAAUGUUUUGAGUAGAAGGCAACUGGACUUCUCUUAUUUCUUGAGGAUGUCUUUUCCUCAGUUGAACACGUGACGGAAGAAUCAGGCAGAUCGUACAGAUCGUUGUCAGAACAAUCACACCAAUGGGGCUUUUAAGGUUGAGUCGGUCUAAGGCCCUACCCUCCUUUAAACUGGUCCUGUAAAUACUGGGAAGACAACUAUUUUUCAUGUGAGGAAAACAGAAAAUUACAUUGCAACUAUAAAAUAUAAAUAAUCUCUUUGAACAAAAGUUUGUAAAUGCAUGUAAAACAUUUUCUCAUUGUAUUGCUGCAACAAAAUUUUGGUGGAACGUAACUAGAUAUGGCAAACGCCAUACAAACAACGUAAAAAUAUACAAAAACAAUGCAGGUUGGGGUUGCCCAAUCCUACCUUCCUACGGAGGCUUUGGUCCUCAAUGUGGCUGUCACUGGUUUUGAGUCCUGGCCCAUUGAUGUUUGCUGCAUGUCUUCCCCCCUCUCUCCACCUCAUUUCCCUGUCGACUCACUUUAAAAAAAUGUGAAAAAAAUUAAGGCCACAAAAAAAAAAAAAAAAACAAGCAAGGUUGACAAAACACAGAUAACAUCACACAUAACAUAAAUGCAUUAAAUGAAUGCAUUAAAUGAAAGUGUAGGCAGUGUUCAGGCAGAGAAUGCGAUUAUUGCACAUGAUAUAAAGUCUUACAUAAACUUGUUCAUCAAUAACAAUGCGAACGUUGCCAGUUUAAGAUUCACAAAAUAGAAAAUUUCCAAAUAAUUGGGGUAUUGUCUUAAGCUCAAAGGUAAAAACUUUACAAGCGGGAGGACAACACAGAAAGAAAAUGCUCAUUUUGGCACAAACUUUGAUGUAUCUCUGACGUAUUUGUUUUGCUUCCUGUAACAUCUAUUUCCUCAUUGCCUUGUUUUUCAUUUGGCAACAACCAGAUGAUAACUGGAAAGUACCUAAAUCACCAGCCUUUGUUGUUAACCGCAGUGGUUUCUGUUUGCUUGUCAGAUCAAGUCUGGUGCUUUCUGUCUAUUCAUUGUGGAGUGCAAAAUUGCAUUUAAACUCGAAAGUAAAAUAUUUCUAGAGUAAGAACAACAGAAACCAACAGGCAAAAUCUUUCGUGCCUAACAUAAUUCUUUAAUUAUGUGAUUUAUUUUAGUUACCAGAUAGAAACUGAAAGAUAAAACAUGAAGAAUCUAUGGGGAUUUCCGUGAAGGUGACAAGAUAUGCAGAUUUGGUGUUUACCGCCAAGGGCAGGACGUGAAUGACAAACAUGAGUCUGCAAACAAUGGAAGUUACAUUUUAUUGUUUUCUUUUCAAGGGUUUAACUCUGCUAAUUUUAAUGAUUGCGGCUUGCAGUUUAGGAAACCCUAAAAUUCAGUUUCUCAGAAAAAACACGCAACAUGUUAAGGUGGACAAAUUUGUCUCGUAAAGAUAUAGGGGGGUGUGAUUAUUGGCAGUGAGACGGAUGUGGGUUUGGAAGAUAAAGAGUGGCAUUCUGCUGUUUUAUGCUUAAAUUGAUAUGGGCUCGCUUUGUCACGUUCAGGGCCACAUAUGAUAGGGUUGUUGACGUCAACAUUAAUCUUAAGUAUAGUAUGAACUGAUUAACAGUGAUGAAGAAUAACCUGAGGCAGAGAUGAAGUAAGGUUUUAUCUCUACGAUAAGAGGGUCUGAGUUGACCCAUUAGACUGCAAUGCCCAUCUACCUGGAAACCAGCCAGCCUCAUCCAUGGAUUUCACCUCACCUCAUUAUAUCCAGUCAUUGUAAUGUUGUCACACGUUAUCUAUUGUAUAAAACAUGUAUGCAUUGUAUGAAACAUUGCCUUGUCUUAAGAAGACCCUUGUACAACCGAACCCUGACCUUCAUUAAAUCCUCGUCGCACAGAA